UAGAGCCUCCUCCAUCUUCGUACAGAUUUCCCGCUCCUUCCCUUCGAUGCUGCUGCCACCGUGAAAUCCCAAAGCUCAGAAGCAGCGCUCCAAUGGAAGAAACCCUUCCGCAGCGCUGACCACGAACCUCCCUCCGUCCUCCGCCGCCGUCGCCGCCGCCGCCGCCGCCUUCCGUCGACCAUGAAAGCGGUUCGCAAGCCCAGGAAGCCCGAUUCGCCGCCCAAGCUGCUCCUGCGAGAGAUCGUCGGAUUGACCGCGAGGAACGCGAGCGGGCUCGCGGGGAUCGCGCCCGCCAAGAGUUGCGUCUACGUGGCCGGCUGCGUGGCCGUGGUCUACGACGUGGCGUCCGGCGCGCAGUCGCACCUCGUGGUCUCGCAUCGGGCGCCCAGGCCACUGAGCUGCGUCGCGGUUUCGCACGACGGCCGGUUCGUCGCGGCCGGAGAGUCGGGGAAUCAACCUUCGGUGCUGUUGUGGGACUGCGCAAAUAUGACAUUUGUAUCUGAAAUGAAAGGUCAUUUUCAUGGAGUUGCAUGCAUUGCUUUCUCUCCUGAUGGGAAGCAUCUCGUCUCAGUUGGAGGUUAUAUCUAUUUCUGGGACUGGCAGAGUGGAAGAUUGGCAACAAAGGUUAAAGCUAGUUCAUCUUGUUCUGCCAUUGCAUCUGUUACCUUUUCCUCGGAUGCAAAGUAUAUUCUGACAGCUGGAAAUAAGCAUUUGAAGAUGUGGUCAGUUGCUUUGUCUCCCCGUACGCGCUUUAACGGCGAGGCAGAUACGCGAGUGCUGCAGGGAAAGCCUCUUAAUCUUGGUCUUCAGAGAGGACAGUCAUUUGUAUCAGUAACAUCCCCCAUCGCAAUCAAUCACCAACCAGCCAAUGAUAGAUUUCUUAUCUAUGCAUUGACUGAAGCAGGUGUCUUGUGCCUUAUUCAUUCUGGUUCCCUAAGAAAUUUGGUGGAUUUGAAGGUUAAAAAAGCUUUUGCCCUGUCUGCAUCAGACAGGCUAAUUGCCUGUGGAUGCAGUAAUGGAUUAGUACAACUGGUUUCCGUGGAGACCCUAGAAUAUGCUGGGACAUUGUCAUACUCAAUGUCCCAAAAAUACCAUAUUGAGAUGGAGAAUUACUAUACUAAACCCAACCAAAAGGAUUCUAAAGUCGUAGAAGCACUUCCAGAUGCAGUUGCUUGUCAGUUCUCAACAUCUGAAAAGCUUGUGGUUGUCUAUGGAGAUCGCAGCAUCUAUAUAUGGGAUUUUGAUGACACCAAUAAGGCUUCCAGGUGCUGUGUGCUUGUUUCACAUUCUGCAUGUAUAUGGGAUAUCAAGAAUCUUUGCUGUGAAAACGAGCAUGAUCCUACUCUUGCAUGUGUUGCUAGAGGCUGCUCUGGUGGAGUUUCCUUUGCAACAUGCUCAGCUGAUGGUACUAUUAGGUUAUGGGAUUUCCUGUUGGAACCUAAUUUACCGAAAGAUGCUGCAAGCCGCAAUUCCUUAGUUUCACAUUUAGCAAGUGCUGGAAUUUUUGUUCGUGAUACCAUAGAGCCGGGCAUUAGUGCUCAUGGAUUUCGGUCAAUGACGGUCAGUUCAGAUGGGCAGUACCUGGCUGCUGGUGAUUGUGAUGGAAAUAUUCAUAUCUAUAAUUUAUAUACUUCUGAAUACACAUGUCUUAAGGGCGCCCAUGAUGCAGAAAUCCUUUCCUUAUGCUUUAGCUCAUUAGGUAAGAAGAAUAGCAUUUCCGAAGGAGUCAAAGACAAGAACUACUUUCUUGCUUCAGGGGGACGUGAUCGGGUUAUCCACCUUUAUGACGUCGAAAGGAAUUUCGAUCAUCUUGAAAGCAUUGAUGACCAUUCAGCUGCCGUGACAUCAGUUAAGCUCAUCAGUGGUAAUGGCAAGCUACUAAGCUGCAGUGCCGAUAGGUCGCUGGUAUUCCGUGACAUUGUAGUAGCAGAUGGCAGUUAUAAGAUCUCAUAUGGUCAUCGCCAGAUGGCAUCUAAUGGAACUGUUUAUGAUAUGGCUCUAGAUCGAUCUGAGGAGGUUGCAGUGACUGUCGGACAGGAUAAGAAGAUAAAUACUUUUGAUAUAGCAUCUGGGAAGCUUAUAAGAUCUUUCAAGCAAGAUAGAGAUGGUGGAGACCCUAUCAAGGUUUUCAUGGAUCCAAGCUGCAAUUACCUGGUUUGUUCCUAUUCUGACAAGUCAAUGCGCAUGUAUGAUUUCAAUAGCGGGGAGAUGGUUAUACAAGCUGCGGGUCAUGGGGAAGUAGUAACUGGCGUCAUUUUCCUACCUGACUGCGAGCACAUAAUAUCUGUAGGUGGAGAUGGGUGUAUCUUUGUUUGGCAAGUACCCAGUGCCUUUUCCUGCAAGAUGCUGCAGGGAAUAAAAGCAAACUCCGACCAGCUAAGUCCAAGAAGCUUGGUCCCACCAACAGCUUUUCAUCGAAUGAUAUAUUGUGACAAGGAAGAAAACCAGCUUAGCAUCAAUUCGCAAGAGAUGUGGUUCCAUACUUCCAAACAAGUUAGAGGCACACUUGAUCUUAGAGGUAGUCCUCAAGGGACCUCAACUUUUAGUUUUAGCAUUUCAAGACUACCAAAAUGGGCACAAGCCAAAGUAUCGAGCUCCGGAAGUCCAAAGAUUGCUCCAUCUCAGGAGCCCAGUCUUGCAUUCCAGGAUAUUAAAACUCCAAAGAAAAGUGACAUUGGGGAGAGUUGGUCCUGUAUCACAAAUAAAUCGGGAGGCACACAUACUAGCAACUGCCAAAGCUCAGCAUUAUCACAAAAAAGCAACAGACUGGACAGGCGUUGGCACACUAUUUAUACUGUCUGCAUGGACUUCAAAAAUUCACCCGAAGCAUGGAAGCAGAAAGAUGAAACGAUUCCAGUUCUUGCUUUCUUCCAGGACAUCGGAAAGCAACCAACAAGUAGUAAACUUCUAGCAGGAUCCUGUGCACCGAUCUUUGAGGAGCAUUCACUUCGGGCAUAUUAUGAUGAGUCAGAGCAGUCAUACGAUGUGAAAGUUGAGAAUGAGAAGCAGGAAGCUGCAAGUAGUUACACCUCCCAGAGUGAGAGUGACCACAAUGAAUCAUGUCACAGGGAAGCUGCUGAUCAUGGUUCAGAGCAGCCAUGUGCAGACAGAACGGUAAAAGAGUUGCAGGAGAAAGGCAACAAUUUUAACUGCUGCGAGAAGUAUGAAGACAAUACGUUGUUUGACCAGCACUUUGCUAGCUUAUCAGCAACUUCAAAGAUAGAAAAAAGGGAACCGUCAGCAAGGAGAAGAUAUUCUGCCCGGUAUGUCAUGCAGCGGAGGUAUGUUGAAGAUUGGAAGAGCUUUGAUUCUCUAUGUGAAGAAUUAGACAAUAAACACUCAUACAGUGUCGUGGAAGAAGCUAACCUCGAUAGCAAUGACAUAUCGAAGUCAACUUGCAACAUGAUGAAGGAACUGACUAUGGGAGAACCUUGUCAUCAGGCAAUGAAGAACACAGAGAAUCUAAUAAUCUCAUCUUCUUGCUUGCCUAGUGAACCAACAAUAGUUGAGUCCACAGAGGAAAGAAAGCACAAGAAAUCUCCUCAUGAUAAAAAAGGAGUGAAGGAAAAAAUCAGUGAAUGCAGCAAGGCAUUACUAAACUUGGAGAGUGCCACGGACACUUUAACGCACUUAAUUACUGAUUUGAUGUCAAUGGCUUCUGAAGAAGAGCUUCUGAAGGGAUCUGGAGCAGGGUUAUACAACCAGGCUGCAGAAUUGCUUCCAACGAUUGCACAAAAAGUCGACACUCUUGCCAGAUUAUUGCGGUUGGGCAGCAACCAUUCAAUUGUCAGAAAUUGAAUGCAAUACAAGGUACAAAUGUCGUGCGUUUUAUCAACUCAUUAGGCUAAUAGCUGAUUCAGAAGCUCACACUUUCUUACCUACCUUGGGGAAGAUAUGCACAGUGUCUUGUAGAGAAUGAACUAUUUUCAACUCCUAGGUGGUAUGUUGCAUCCUGAUCAAUAGUGGCUGGCAUGGAAGCUUCUUACUGAUGCAAGCCUAAUCACCCUUGAGAUACUUAAUAAGUUGAUAUGCAAUUUCAAUUGCAUCUACAGCAGUCACUUUGGCUAAGAAGCGCACGAAGACCUAAAGUCAGGGCUCAAUAUCUCACCAUUAGGUUUCUCUACCCCCCAAAGAUACGUUCAGCACAAUGGCUAGUUCAAGGCAAAGAUCGGGGUCCGAGACCGAUUCGAUUAUCACAAAGAGGGCCCACAUCAUGGAGAUGGAGUUGAAGAAGAUGAAAAAUGAGAUGACAGAAGUGCGGAAUGGAUCACUAGACAAAAAACGACCCGAUGGCUGGAGUAGUGAAAAAAAUAAAUUUACGCAUUUAGGAAUUUGUAAAUGUACAGAAAAAAGCAGUUACAGGUUAACAAAAGUAGGGAAUUUUGAAUCUUUUUCAGAUCAGUACAUUAACAAAUGCCUUCAUUGAUUCUCUCA